ACAACGGUCCAUCGUCGACUGCUUCGCGGAAUAUAUUUGUGACCCGACCGUCCGCGGGAACGCCACGAAACCGUGGUUGAAUUCGCGCCGAUCCUGAAGAAAACGGAAGACCUAACGGAUCGAGGCUCGAUCACCUCGAUCGAUCAUGAACAUCGAGGGCAAAGUGGCCCUCGUCACCGGAGGGGCGAACGGAAUUGGCUUCAGCACCGCUCGGGAGCUUCUUCGAAAGAAGGCAAAGGCAGUAGCAUUGCUGGACUUGGCAGAUUCCGGGGGCGAAAGCGCGGCCGCCAAUCUGAUCGAGGAGUUUGGGAAGGAUCGAGCUACUUUCAUCGUCUGCGAUGUCUCCAAGAACGAGCAGUUGGAAGAGGCGUUCAAGAAAGUUAUCGACACAUACGAAACCCUGGAUGUCGUCGUAAACAACGCUGGCAUCAUGGAUGACGCAGAUUGGGAUGUUAUGGUCGACAUUAAUUAUAAAGGCGUGGUUCAAGGUACGAUUUUGGGAUUGCACAGCAUGGGAAAAUAUAAAGGAGGCAACGGCGGUGCCAUAGUGAACAUGUCAUCGGUGUGUGGCAUCGAUGGAAUUCUGCUAGCACCGAUCUACGGAGGAACAAUGCACGCGAUUGUUGGGCUCACUCGAUCUCUAAAGCAUUUCUAUGAGAAAACCGGCAUUCGAAUGUUGACGAUAUGCCCUGGCCUGACCACCACGACUAUGGCAUCCAAGUUCAUGUCUAGUAAAGAGUACGCAAUGGAUCUCCUCGACGAAGAAAUGGCGGCAUUCGCGAUGACCAACUUGAAAAAACAACCACCGGAACACGUGGCGAACGCCAUCAUCGAACUGAUCGAGAAAGGAGAGAACGGGGCAAUUUUUGUCGUCGAAAACAACGAACCCCCGUACGCCAUUGAAUUGCCAAAUUACACCACCUUGAAGACCACUACCAUGGACAACAUUAAGAACAAGAUUAUCUUGAUCACGGGAGCUGCUUCGGGACUUGGAUACUGCUUUGCCCAGAAACUCCUGGAAAAUGGGGCGAAGACUAUCGCGAUUCUCGACUUGCCAACGUCGCCUGGUCAGACGUCGGCAACCACCCUGGAAAAGGAGUACGGUAAAGGCAAAGCGACGUUCUUCCCUUGUGAUGUUUCAGUCACCAAAGAUUUCGAAGAAGCGUUCAAGAAGGUUGUGAGCAUCUUCAACGGCAUCGACGUUGUCAUCAACAACGCUGGCAUGUAUAACGAAUUGAAUUGGGAGAGAACUGUUCGUGUGAAUAUUGGUGGCGUGAUCCACGGGACCUUGCUCGCCAUGGAUCACAUGAGUAAACACAAAGGUGGCAAAGGCGGAACUGUUGUGAAUAUUUCAUCAGUCGCGGGUUACACGCCCGUGGGUGUAAGUCCAGUGUACUGUUGCACCAAAUAUGGCGUCAUGGCAUUCAGUCGGAGCCUGCUGGAGAACUACGACAAAACUGACGUUCGCUUAAUGGUGGUAUGUCCUGGACUCACGGACACAAAUAUCCUAGACAGUAUGCUGACGACUUCGCUCGAUUUGAUCGACUUUCCCAAAUAUUUGGAUCAGCUUAGGGACCACAAGUCCCAAACGGUCGAUAACGUGGGCCGUGCUAUGGUCAGUAUAAUUCAGAAAGGCAAGAACGGGUCUGUUUGGGUUAGCGAAUUUGAAGAACCACCCUACGCCAUCGAGUUCCCUCCUGUCGAGAAAGUGGAACUCGGGCUAGAUAUUGAAACUGUGUUUUUAUGGUUCACCUAUCCAUUGGUGCUCACUGUCUCAACAAGAACUGACGAUACAGCUGUUGCUAACAUUACCAUGGACAACAUUAAGAACAAGACCGCUUUGAUCACCGGGGGUGCCAGCGGGCUCGGUUUCGUGUACGCGGAUAAAUUGCUGCAAAAUGGAGCGAAGAUCGUUGCCAUUCUGGACCUGAGCACCUCGCCUGGUCAAACGUCGGCGGCCACCUUGGAAAAGAAGCACGGAAAAGGGAAAGCCAUCUUCUUGCCUUGCGACGUAACCAACGCCCAACAAUUCGAACAAAGCUUCAAGAAGGUCGUGGACAUCGUCAAAAACAUAGAUAUUGUUAUUAACAAUGCUGGCAUGAUAGAUGACACUAAAUGGGAGCAGACUGUCCGACUAAAUCUUACAAGCGUGAUCCAGGGAUCGAUUCUCACCUUGAAUCAUAUGAAUAAACGAAAUGGCGGCAAAGGCGGUGUCCUAGUAAAUAUAGCCUCGAUUGUGGGCUUCCGUAUCGUACCUGAACUCCCCGUGUAUUGCGCAACAAAGCAUGCCAUAGUCGCACUCAGUCGAUGCUUGGAGGACUUCUACGACACAACAGGUAUUCGUGUUCUCACGAUGUGUCCUGGAGCGACGGUAACACCUUUAAUCAAAGAAUUAGAAAAGAAGGUAUUAGAUAUCGUCGACGACAGGAUCGACAAACUGUUGAAACUGUUACUGACCCAGCCGACUGAACACGUGGGCGAGGCCAUGGUCAAUCUCAUUCAGAAAGGUGAAAAUGGAGCCUUUUGGGUCAGCGAGGAAGGACAGCCACCUUACGCCCUGGAGUUCCAGCCUCCCAAGAGGGUGGAAGUUAAUCUGUGAAAGAAACUUCUCGAUUACUUCAGAUAUCUCGAUUGUACAUGAAUGAUGAAGGUUUAAAUGG